AUGUUGGGGGACAUGGAUGAAGAAGACAAGGUCUUCCAGCUUCCGACGGGAGGGACCAAGCUGGCCUCUCUCUUUGGACAGGAUCAGACAACUACAGAAUCUGCAAAUGUGCUCUUCCAAUACAGGCCACCCAAGCGGGCCAAAAUUUGUCAACCAGCUACCGCUGCAG